GGCCGACUGAUCCCAUGAUAUGUAAAGGCCUUGCUACACGUCUACUGCACAUGACGUACUCGGCCGAAUGCGACCGAACACGGCCGAGUGACGGACGGAUCCCAUUCAAAUGGGAUCAGUCGUACGUAUUCGGCCGACUGUACACGUGCAAGGAGAAAUCUUUGAUGGAUACUGAGAAACUAAUAAGCCUCGUACAUGAGAAUACGCCACUGUGGGAUAUGCGAGAUAAGCAAUAUCACCACCGUGACGUGCAAAGAAAACUUUGGUCGAGAGUUGCAGAGGAAAUGGGUGUUGAAGUUGGUCUAGUAAAAAAGAAAUGGCAGGGACUAAGGGACGUUUUUCGAAAAGAAUACAACAGAAGUUUACAAGGAAGGAGCGGAGACGAGGCGCCUCUUGAGUGUACUUCGUCAUGGCCACACUUCCAAACCCUGCUAUUUUUGAAGGACACAAUUGAGCAUCGAAAACUUCAAGGGAACAUUUCACCUUCAAAAAACACAGCAUCACGCACUGCUGAAUCUGGAUGUGUUUCUGAUACAUCACAUGACUCUUACAUUGACAAUGAGUAUGCCCCUUUAGAGCAUUCCGCUCAUGGUUCGCAAGAGUCAACAGAUGGUUCUCAGCCUUGGACUGCGUGUGAAACCAUGGAUCCUCCGCCCACCCCAAAUGUCACCAACAGACGCAAAUUACGGUCAAAUAAAAGUGCUGACCCAUUUCUCCAAAUAGAGAAGGAAAAAUUGAAAUUGUUUGCUGGAAACGCUGCUGCGAAGGAAGACAGUGAUUACCAGUUUCUAAUGAGCCUCCUACCAUUUUUAAGGAAUAUCCCUUUCCACCGAAAACUUAUAGUUAGACAUAAACUGCAACAAGUUUUCAUUGAGGAAGAACAAAAUACUCUUCCAAACGUCAGCAAUUUCACACAACCAGCAAACAGCGAGUCCCUUAAUCAAACUGAAAGGGAACCCAUGCAGACUGUGGCGUCUUACCUUUCCAAUUUCACAUAAAACGCAACUGGAACAUCUUGAACAAAAUUAUUUUUCACUAUUCCUAUGUAUACUAUGUUGUAAACUGUAAACCUACGUGUAUUUUUCCGUUCUUGUUCAAUAAAAAUGUUUGUAACUCAAAAUGUGUACAACUUACCUUAAUGUUAAAGCCAAACGCUCCUCAGGUGGUAUAACUUCUCUGAAAUUCGACCAUUUCGUUAUUGAGGGCUGAAUAGCCAUUAAAGUAUAC